AUGAUUCAACGUAAUAUUAUCAAAACGGACGCUAAUAAAGUCGAAUUACAACAAAAAAAGCAAGCGAAACAACAAAACAAGAAUAAAAAGGAUACCAACAUUAGCAUUAAGAAACUGACGAAGAUACGCAAGGACCUUGAAAAGGCGAUAAACAAGGAUGAUGAACGAACUAUUAAACAAUUAUAUUUUGAAAGCAAAAAGUUAUACUACAUACAUCAUAAUGAGAUUAAUUUAAUGGGUGGGGGAAAUAAUAUAAUGAGUUCACUCAUCAAGGUUGAAAAAUCAGAUAUAGCGAUUUCAUUAUUAAAGUACAUUGAUAAAAAUAAGAUCAUAAUUGAUCUAAUUCACGCAUUUAUUGAGUUAUUAGAGAAUAAUGAUUAUAAGAGGUCACAAUCGUUAUGGGGUUUGAUAAAAUUUUAUCAUAGUAGUUGCUUUGAUGAUAAUUAUUUGUUAGAGAUGUUGAAAUUAUUUAUGAAGAAGAAAGCAAAGUUAAUCAUUCCAUUUUUACGAGGAAUGUUAUCGGCUGGGUUUAUACCGACGGAUGAUUUUAUUGCCGUUAUUUUGAACGUUUACGAUGAUAGGGUGUUUGAAAUUUAUAAUUUACUCAAAUUGAAUGGAAUUAAAUUUAGCAAUGAUAUUUAUCAAAAUUUAUUGAUAUCACAACAAAGGAAGCGAGAUAUUAAUUAUUUAAACUUUUUUUAUAGAGACAUGUUGGUUUUAGACCAAAAGAGAAAACUUGAUCAACGUGAAAAAGAGAGUUUGAAAUUGAUUGAGAAUGCUUUUAAAGAAAGAAAACCCGUCGAAGCAAUAAAAUCUUUUUAUGAAAUUGAAUCGGAGGGUAUACAAUCGCAUCCAAUUAUUCUUUUUGAAUUAUUCAAAGGAUUAUUUGAAGUUUGUCGAGAAUAUAGUUUCAAAUUCAAAAAAUUAGAUGAAUCUAGUAUCUUUUCAGUUUAUAAAUUAUUAAUGCGUAAAAAGAUUAAAAUUAAUUCGGAUAUAGGAUAUUAUUUGAUGGUAGGAUUUCUUUGGAAUGAUCAAUUGAAUUAUGCGGAAAAAGUCUUGACAGAUAUGAUAAAUGAAAAAAUCAUUCCACCCGCUUAUACAUUUAUUCCUUUGGUAAAUUCAUAUUUGAAUAAAGAGAUGGUAGAUAAAGUAGAAAAAAUCAUGGGAUUUAUCAAACCGAUGUAUGACACAGAUUAUAUCUAUCUUCUGAAUCGUUUAUUAGAUCAUUAUAAUAAAAAAGGGGAUAAAGUUGGAAUAUCAAGAUGGAUAAACGAACUUAUCAACGCACCGAUUAAAGACGGGACAGGAUACGUGAAUUGCACUGUGUUGUUGCGUUCUUAUGGAGAGUUGGGCAGAUUAUCUGAUGUUACAAAUUUAUGGGAGGAAAUGAAUAAAAAAUAUUCUGGAAAAGAACUUUCCCCAUCCAUAUCAGUUUUAUUGGAUCAAAUUGGAUUCAUUGGAAAUAUUAUCAUGUUAAAAGAUCAUUGGGACGAAAUCUCAACUAAUCCUGAAAAAUAUUUAUUAAAUUUAAAUCAUUAUAAUUCUUACAUUGAAGCUUUAUGUCGAUUUAAAGCCUUUGAUGAAGCUAUUAAAGUAUUUACACUGGAAUUGGAAUUAAAUGGUUUUAAACCUGAAAUAAAAACUAUUCUUACUUUAUUACAACCUCUUAUAGCUUAUAAAAAAUUUAAUGAAGGAGAAAAUGUUUUAUCAUUUGUUAAAACUAAAUGGCCUGAUUUGCAUGUAGAAUUCGUUCGAUUUAUUAUAACGAAUCCGGAUAGGAUAUCUAUAUCUAUUGAACCAUGA